AUGGUUGCCUUUUAUCCAGCAUGCCGGAAACCCUUUCAAGGUCAGUUUGUCCCUCCUAUGAGUCAUCGCCGCCGCCCGCGUUCUGAUCCGCCGUCUGAUAGACUCCAUCCGACCUCCGCCGCCUCCGGCGCUGCCGCCGGAAGAUGUUCAUCCGAGGGGCGCUCCGGGCAGCGGAAGACCGGGAAGGUGCCCGUGUACCUCAACGUCUACGAUCUAACUCCGAUCAAUGUCUACGCCUACUGGCUCGGCCUCGGCGUCUACCAUUCCGGCGUCCAAGGGUUAGGGUCUGUGGUUGGGGCAGUGCACGGGGUGGAGUAUGCGUACGGGGCGCACGAGCACGCGACGACGGGGAUCUUCGAGGGGGAGCCGCGGCAGUGCCCGGGGUUCGUGUUCCGGAAGUCGAUCCUGAUCGGGCGCACGGAUCUGGGGCAGCGGGAGGUGCGGGCGCUCAUGGAGGAGCUCGCCACGGAGUACACCGGCAACACCUACAACCUCAUCUCCAAGAACUGCAACCAUUUCUGCAACAAGGCCUGCCUCCGCCUCACCAACAAGCCCAUCCCUCGCUGGGUCAAUCGCCUCGCCAGGAUCGGUUUUCUUUGCAAUUGCGUGCUUCCGGUGCAAGUAGCGGCGGUGAGGAGUCGCAGUGACGAGGCCAAGGGAAACCGAGAAGGGGAUAGGAGGAAGCUGAGGAGCAAUUCCACUCGAUUCCCUCCUCCCACCACCUCCUCUUCUACUACUGCGCCUCCCAUUUCCUCUGUUCCUUCUUCUUAGAAGCCGUAGAAGAAGUCGGCGCUCUUCGUCGUCUUCUUCGGUUUCCUCCACCUAAAGGUCUAAUCCCCGCCGCCGCCGGCCGUGGUUUUGCGGAAACUCCCUUAAAAGAUACAUUUUUUUUCCAAAAAAAAAAAUCCUGUGGAAUUAUUUUUUUCUUUUCUUAACUGCACCAUUAAAUGCUGGUCUUCCAUCUCCAGCUCAGUAAAUGCUUGAUUUUGUGUUACCAUUAAUACAGACGGUAAUCUAUAUAUA